GGCGCGAUGUUCAAAUUGUGAACCAAAUUAUAUAGAUUUAGCUCUUUCUUAUGAUGGCGUGCCUCCCAACCGUUUUAUUUGUGAUUUCUGUGAUUUGUCAGAUUAUUUGCACGACAACAGACUUUGAACAGACGAGCAACUCGUGUCUUACAGCAAGAGCGUCUGUAAAUAUACAGCCCCAAGUAAAGAAAGCAUUUGAUCAGGUGCAAGAAGUGGAGAAAGUGUUGAUCAGCGUCAUUCGUUCCAAACAUGAUGAUAGCCACACCUAUGUGCGGAAACUAUAUUUCAGGAGUUUUGGUGUGACGUUUCAUCUACUUCUGAGAAGAUAUUCAAUAUUUCAUAAAGACGUGCAGUUGCAGGUGGGGAGUGAGCAGCCAGUAGAAAUAAUUGCCAUGACGAAUUACUUACCGAUAAUAUAUGUGGGCUUACCUUCACAAGCAUACACAUCUCCAGCAUAUAGAUCAUAUGGAAAACUUGUUGGAAGGGAAUUUGAAGUAUUCAUUCAAAAAGACAACAUUUCCUACUCACUUGAGUGUGAUCUUGAUAACAAUGACAAUGUCUUGUACUCUACGUAUGGAUUUAUGCACCAUACCCUGGAUAAAUGUCGCGUUUAUCGAUGGCUCAACCCCAAAAUGUCCAAAGUAAUGUCAGAAACUGACAUCUGUGACUUGAGAUUAAGAAAGUACAGAGAUUUUAUAUACAAGACCAUGCCUGAAAACAUCCAAUAUGCCAUUAAACAUGAUCGGCAUGGCAGACGCACUGAAAGAAGUUCGACAUCACCAAAGGGAAACUGUGUAAUUAAACUUGUGGCAGAUCACCUGUAUUUUCAACAUGUUGGUAAAGGUGAUGUCAGAAAAACAAUUGCUGAAAUGGCUGUCAGUUUGGCUGAGGCUGACCUGAUAUUUCGACAGACCGACUUUGAUGGUGAUGGAAGUGGGGACAACAUCGGCUUCAAAAUAGGAAAUAUCACCAUUUACAAAGACUACCAGAAUUAUAGGAUGAAGGAUGAAAAUAUAGACGUGUACACGUACCUUGACAAAUUCUCUGAAUAUGACUUCAGUAAUUAUUGUUUAGGUGUAGCAUAUGCUUACAGAAACUUUGAGGAUAAUAUUGUUGGACUUGCUUGGGUUGGUAGUUCCAAUGUAAAUGGAGCUGCAGGUGGAAUAUGCCAAAGGAGACUUUGGUAUCGACCAGAUCAGAAAUACUACAGCUUUAACACAGUACUGGUCACACAGUUCAGUCAUGGCAAUGCGAUUUCCUCCUACUCAACAGGUUUGAUCCUUGCCCAUGAAUUUGGACAUAGCUUUGGCAGCAGCCAUGAUCCUAAAGAAAACUCAUCUUGUUCUCCUGGUGGGUAUUUUGGCAACUAUUUAAUGUACCCCUACACAAGUGAUGGUAGUCUUGCCAACCACCGACGCUUGUCUUCAUGCAGCAUCAACAGUAUCUACCCUGUGUUAGUGAAGAAAAGUGCGAGUUGUUUCAAGAUUGAUGUUGGUCCAGUUUGUGGCAACACCCUUGUUGAGGGAGGGGAGGAGUGUGACUGUGGAGUGUCAGAUGAUGUUUGUCAGGACAUUGAUCCAUGCUGUACUCCUGAGCACCCAUCAGUCUUUAUAUCUGAUCCUCCGUGCAGCAUACGAAAAUCCUGGGGCUUUCAAUGUUCCCCCAAGGUGUCCCCCUGCUGCACCACAAGAUGUAAAUAUGUCAGUUCCUCCAGUAGUACUGUGUGUCAACACGCCACAGAGUGUUUGCUGGCAGCCACCUGUCAGCCUGGCAAUGAUACCUGCCCAACCCCUGCUCUUCACCCAGAUGGAACACUGUGUGACGCAGGACGGAGGCUGUGCAGGGGAGGAAGAUGCCAGGGCAGUGUUUGUGAGUCUCUUGGUCUCCAGGAAUGCCAAUGUUCCCGAAAACUCCAAGAUGCGUGUUAUGUCUGCUGCAUCGCAACCAACAUCAGCAGCUGCAAUUGCUCCCCCAUCAGCUCUUAUCAGAGUGACAAGACCCAUCUGUUCCGCCAUAAAGGGGAUCCUUGUUUCAACUAUGAAGGAUUCUGUGAUGAAGCUGGUCAGUGUAUUCUAAAUGAUACCAGUAUCUAUGACGACUUGAGUAAACUGUUUGGUGAGGAAACUGUUGUGAAUGUUGGCAUCUGGUUCAGUAAAUAUUGGUAUUACAUAGUCAUGGGCAUUCUUAUAGCUACAGCUCUUGCUGUCAUUGUAUCUCUGUUUUUCAAACCCAAAGCAGAUGAACACACAGAGGCAUUGAGAAUUGGCAAACUAUCAUCUGUACUAGCUCAGGUUGAACAAAUCAAGACCAUGUUUGAAGACAAGCUGGAGGACUGUGAAGCAGCGUUUGAGAGUGUAUCUAGUCACUUGCCAAAGCAGCAGAAGUGUUUGACCGAGGCAGUCGCCAGGCUGACAGUAUUCUUCCCUACAGCCCCGAUAUCUCUACUCAUUAAGACAGCCAUGUCCAGUUCCUCAGAAGAUUUUGCUGUUAAAAUGUUGCUUGUGAGGAACUUUCCAAUGCAAAGGUUUAGUGUAACUCUGCCUUUAGUGGAGGACAAAUCUCUCACACCACUUACACCAAAACAAUCAGUGUCUGCCUGAACAACUGUCGUCUUAAGAGCAAAACAACUAUAUUUAAAAGGGGUGUGCUUUCAGACUCAAAUGAAUUGAGAGUUGGGACCAUGUUGAAGAAGACAGUGUUAACUGUUAAGGGCCAUGUUCCAGCAUUCGUGGUGCUACAAUAAUUGCAAAUCUACAUCAGGGAAUGGGAACAAGGAUGAUGUGAGACUAGCUGGGGCUUGGUCACUCCUGAAGAAAUCAUUUUAUACUAAAAUGGGAAAUGUAUAUAUACUGUUUCUAUAAAGGUAUGUCGCCUCAGCCUUGGGUGGAUGGAAGCCUGUUUCAUUUGAUCAAUUAGAUGUAAUGUUGGCAUGAAUGCGGUUAGUUCCUGUGCUAGCCAUGGUUGUACUGUUCAGAAAAUCUCUAAGUGAGUUUCUGUUGCUUGUUAUGUAUAUCAGAAAAUAAAUGUUUUCCUUGUAUUAAAAGUGUCAAUGGCAAGUUUAAGUCCU